CGCCCCUGGCUCCUCAAGAAGCUUCUACCCAGUUUCCAGGGCCUGGGUGGCUCAGCUUGGAGGUUCCCGUGACAUCUGUUGAAAGGCCCUAGGGUCACUGCAUUUCCUCCUGGGGGUGACUUGGCAGUGAUAUGUUCUAUUUCCUCACUUCUGCAAUUGCCAGAUGACAGCAUAGAGGCUGGAACUAGGGUCCAGACCCAGAGAGACACCAAGACUUACAGCUUAGCCACUGGCCCUGCCACAGAUUGCGGAUUAAUAUACUGAUCCUGUGGGUUUGUGGAGAGGAUGAAGUAAGAAGCUGGAUCUUGCUAAGUUGCUGAGGCUGGUCUUGAAUUUGUGAUUUUCCUGCCACUCUCCCAAAUCACUAGGCUUAUUGGUGAGUGUCACUACUGCAUCUGGCACAAACGGUAAUUUCUUAAAGGCACAGCCAGGACCCUAUGAUCAGCUGACCCUUCCAACCCAGAGCAAUGGAACCAAAUGGCUCCUCCCAUGUGGAUUCUGAGUUUCGAUACAUUCUCUUCCCAAUUGUAUACAGCAUCAUCUUUGUGAUGGGGGUCAUCGCCAAUGGCUAUGUGCUAUGGGUCUUUGCCCGCUUGUAUCCUUCCAAGAAACUAAAUGAGAUAAAGAUCUUCAUGGUGAACCUCACUGUGGCCGACUUGCUCUUCCUGAUCACGCUGCCACUGUGGAUUACCUACUACUACAACCAGGGCAACUGGAUUCUACCCAAAUUCCUGUGCAAUCUAGCUGGCUGCUUCUUCUUCAUCAACACCUACUGCUCCGUGGCCUUCCUUGGGGUCAUCACUUAUAAUCGUUUCCAGGCAGUCACACGGCCCAUCAAGACUGCUCAGGCCACCACCCGCAAGCGUGGCAUUUAUUUGUCCCUGGUCAUUUGGGUGGCUAUUGUGGCUGCUGCAUCCUACUUCCUUGUCCUGGACUCCACCAACACAGUGACUGAUAAGGCCAGCACAGGCAACAUCACCCGCUGCUUUGAGCAUUAUGAGAAGGGCAGCGUGCCGGUCCUUGUCAUCCACAUCUUCAUAGUGUUCAGCUUCUUCCUGGUCUUCCUCAUCAUCCUCUUCUGCAACCUGAUCAUUAUCCGCACGCUACUCAUGCAGCCGGUGCAACAGAAGCAUAAUGCUGAAGUCAGGCGCCGGGCACUGUGGAUGGUUUGCACGGUCUUGGCAGUGUUCAUCAUCUGCUUUGUGCCCCACCAUGUGGUGCAGCUGCCUUGGACCCUGGCUGAGUUGGGCUUCCAGAACAGCAACUUCCACCAGGCUAUUAAUGAUGCACAUCAGGUCACCCUCUGCCUCCUUAGCACCAACUGUGUCUUAGACCCUGUCAUCUACUGUUUCCUUACCAAGAAGUUCCGCAAACACCUCACUGAACAGUUUUACAGUAUGCGCAGCAGCCGGAAAUGCUCCCGGGCCACCACUGACACAGGAACUGAAGUGGUCGUGCCAAUCAACCAUAUCUCUGUCAAUUCCCUCAAAAAUUAGUCCCUGCUUGUUGGGGUCAGGCCCCAAAUCUUCUCUUCCAUAGACUUCCUGGAUUGAGUUGGAGGAAGAAGGGAUAUCUGCUGUGGUCACCUAGACCCUGGGAGUGGCAGACCAUUAAGCUUGGAGGAAACCUCACUUAGGCAGGGAUCACAGCAGCCCAGGACUGUUGGAAAAGCCAGAGCCAGAACGAGCUCCUCAUACACUUUUGUGCAUAUACCAUGCUAACUGGCUGAUGAACUUCUCCUGCGCCUCUGAGUCCGAUGGAUGGGUCUAGGAGGAGUAUCAGGGGCAGGUACAGACUUUGGGGGCAGAGUCAGAGCUGCCCAGUUCUCCCCACUGGGGCAACAGCCGAAAACUUUGGCAAUGACUCCCAAGUGCUAAAGAGGAAAGUGGGUAUUUGGGAAAGGGACUGUCUCUUGGGGCAGAGCUUGAUGUAGGAUGUGCCAUCCUCUUUCCAACCUCAGGCACAAGGCCUUCAUGACACUUCUCAGGGGAAGUGGCUCAGUGCAAUCUUCUGAUUAACCCAGCAGCCUGUGUCUCAAAUGGCAACCAGAGAAGAUAAAAUAUGAACAAUAAAAAACUAGAACGGGAGCCUGUUUCCUGAGGUGUAUAUGUCUCUCUGCACAGGCCUCACCUCAGGCCUGGCUCAGCUCUGAAUGAGUGGGAGAAAGAUGGCUACCUCAUUCAUCUUUCUGUCUCAACAACAGCCCCUGAUUAAGUACCUUCUGUGGAGCAGCCACCCACACAAAAUUUGGGUUUGUCCAGGUCAGGGCACCUUGACGUCCAGAAGUUUCUGUUGGAACAGCACUUAGGAUAGGAAGAGCCUGAGGCUUCUGCAUGAGAGGAGCCUGUUUGCUCUCUGGGAAGUCCCUCCUAACCAAGCCUCUAGGAGGUGGAAGGGACAAUUACAGUCCUAAGGGAUGGCAGGUGUCAGAUUCUCUUGAGGAUCUCUGGAUACCUGCUUUUGAUUUUUGGCAAGUAUAUUCCAAUGAUACUCAUCUCUUAUCCUGAGACAAAUACCUGCUGUGUGAACCUGGUGGCCUUAGAUUCAAGGGAUUGAAGGAGGCGUCUCUGGAUUUCAGAGCCCUGUACUCCUGAGGAAUCUUCAUUCUUUAAAGUCAGUGUUCCCUUGAAGCUGGAACUGACUCUUGUUUCUGCUUUGCUAGGCAAGCACUGGCUUGCUGGUUUUGAUAAAUGUCUCCCAUUUAGUCAGUCACCUACUUAGGUCUGGUAUGGUAGCUCUGGACUGGACCUAGCUGAGGUGACCAGGUGGCCAACACAGGAUACUGGAACUUUGGUAUCAUAUAGACCCAGGUUCAGUCUUGGCUUUGCUACUUCCUGCCAAGGAACCAGGAAGUCUAUUUUCUACCUUUUCGUGUUAUUACCUGUGGGGUAAACCCUACCUUGUUGGGUUGUUGUGAGCAGUGAGUAUUGAGGCAGUCACUCCUUGAUCAGGGUGACUGCUUAUACCAGAGUCACCCCUUUUUUGAGAAUUUGAUCCCCUCAGUUCUCCUGAUGGAGCUGAAAGGAUGAGAGGUGGGCGUUAGAUUCAGGGAUGCUGUUUCAGGCUUUGCAGGAAGACAUGCAAACCCUGAAGCUGUGAAUUUGUCUAUGUGUUUGUGUGUGCAGGGCCUGAGGUGACCACUGUGGGAGUGUAGUAUAGAAAAUAGCUCCUCUCUGAGAGAAGAUGUGCAGAGCAAAGACCAUAGAGAAACCACAGGAUCCUGAAGGGAAGAGGGGACAGUGCUCCCAGGGGCCUACUGGUUCUCCUCUGUACUCCUUCCUUUGGGUCCUAUGAGAGUCCCUUGUCAGGAUAUCUUCUCUUAUCUUGCUUAAUCUGAUUUGAAUAGGGUCUGUUACUUGCAACCAAAAAAGUCCCAAAUGAAGUAAAUGUUUAUAUGCUACUGCACAGUGUUUCCUGAAUGUCAGUCAUUUGCCUAUCGUGUUGGCAAUGUUUGCAGUAUUAAUGUAUCACCUGGGUGUUUACUUAAUAAAUAUUUUCUUGCAGUCAA